UUGCAAAGAUAGGCAGCGAAGUUUCCGCUCCUCCCAUGAUGUUAUUGUUAGAAAGUGCCUCGGCACAUUCCUUUGUUGCACGUUGCCUUGUCAAUGUCUGCGUUGUUCUUCCUCCUGUCUCCUCUUUGAAUCCUCUCUCUUUCCCUCACACCCCCUUUGAGGUUUACAUUUGACUUGUGCUUGGUUUUUCCUAUCUAGAGAGAGAGGGGGAGGGAGUGAGUGAGGGAGAGGGAAAAGAUGAUGUUGCAGAGAGCUGCAAGCAAUGCAUAUUCAUGGUGGUGGGCGAGUCACAUCAGAACAAAGCAAUCCAAAUGGCUGGAGCAGAACCUUCAAGAUAUGGAGGAAAAAGUGCAGAAUGUGCUUCAGCUCAUCGAAGAAGAUGGAGACUCCUUCGCCAAGAGGGCAGAGAUGUACUACAAGAAAAGGCCAGAGCUCAUAAACUUUGUCGGAGAAUCCUACCAAGCCUAUCGAGCGCUCGCCGAACGGUACGACCACAUAUCGACGGAGCUACAAAACGCCAACACCACAAUCGCCUCAGUUUUCCCAGAGCAAGUCCCAUUUGCCAUGGACGAAGACGACGUAGAUAGCCCGAAGAGGCCCGUCCUCGAAGUCUCAAAACAGAACAUUCCGAAAGUCCCAAAAGCUCCCAUCAAGGAUUUGAAGAGCAUUUUGGCAUCUGGCGCGAAGAAGUUGCAAAACAAGAAGGCCAAGAAAGUGGCUGCUGCUCACAAAGUCCGUAAAUCCGGUUUGAGCAAAGCGGAAGCGCUGGAAAAGAUCGAUAAAAAUCAAAAGGACAUUCUCGCUCUACAGACGGUGAAGGAGUUUGUGAAGAGCUCGUAUGAGAGCAGGCUCGCGAAAUACUGGGAAAUCGAGAAGCAGAUUGGGGCGAUGCAAGAAGAGGUCUCCACCUUGCAAGACGAAUUCGGCGAGGGGAUGGUCAUCGAAGAUGACGUGGCGCGGAGCGUGAUGGCCACGGCCGCUUUGAAGUCUUGUCAAGAAACCUUGUUCAACUUGCAGGAGAAGCAGAAAAAAUUCUCCGAGGAAGCAAGAACAGAGCAAGAGAAGGUAAAGAUUGCUCGGGAAAAGUUCAAGUCGUUGAAGAAAAAAUUCCUUCCUAAAGAGGAUAGCGAAGAAAUUCCAUCUAUCGAGGCGGAGAGAUUGAGCCAAGAAGCAGUAAGUGCACAAGGAGAAGAAGAGUUACGAACUCUGGAAGAAAAGAUCGAGCAACAUUUUCUGGCCGAAUUCGGUACAUCUCUGACUGUGAGCGAAAUGGCAGAGAAGAUCGAUGAGCUUGUCAACAAGGUGAUCAUCUUGGAAACUGCAGUCUCAUCUCAAACUGCCCUUAUAGAAAGAUUAAGAGCAGAAACCAAUGGUCUUCAAACACAAUUUGAAUUGUUGGAAGACGAUAAGGCGAACUCGAUCAAUGGCUCAGACGAGAUGCAGAACAAGAUGCGGGAAAUGGAAGACAAGCUGCACGGAGCGGAGGAUCUUAACAGAAGCCUCGAGGAUCAAUACAAAAAUCUACGUACGCAUUUCACCGAAGCAAGUUACAACUUAGAACACCUGUCCAACAAUCUGGGAAGCGUGAGGCCAGAUGAAGAGCAGGAAGUCGCUUCACUGCCUAAAAAAGCAGAAGCUUCAGCUGAAGCAGAGAAAGGAGAUAUUAACAGCAGGUUUGGGAAAUUGCCAAAAGAAAAUCCAGAUGGGGACUGUCUUGUUACAUUUGCAUCAUCGCAAGCAGAUGAGGGGCUGCAAUCUUCAAGUUCAUCGCCAAUUCAAGACGCAUCUCUUGUCAAUAGCGGGUCACUCGAGUCUAAACCAUUGGGUUCCAGUGAUAAUCGUGACAAAGAUGCAGAAACAACAACCCAUAUUAGAGAGGACGGGGUCGAACAUGUUCAGAAAUCUCAUUCUAGUGCCUUGGAAAAUAGUUCUCUCCUGCCCGAAGAAAAUUUGGAAAUUCUUCCAGUUAAGCCCAAUGGUACACAGUCGGAAAAUGAAGUCAAGCCACACAUCGUACCACGGAAGAUGCAUGUUUCGUGGAAAGAUGGAGUACAAGAAGAGACAUUGGUGGAAGAAGAACCAAACUGGAAGGAAUUGUUCCUUAAAGGGAUGGAAAAUAGAGAGCAGACUCUUCUGACGGAGUACACGGCAGUUCUUCGAAAUUAUAAGGAAGCCAAGAAGAAGCUCACCACCACAGAGAAGAAAACCCCGGAUGGCCUCCUUGAUACGAGCGUGCAGCUGCGGGACCUGAAGACCUCAAAUGCCAUGAAGGAUGAAGAGAUUUUGUCACUUCGUCAGAAACUAAAUCUUCUGCAAACGGUUUUAGAGGGCAAUGCUGAGUCAAUUAAGGCUGAAACCCACAUAACUAAAGAGCAAGAGACAGAAGAUGAUAUUAAGUUGAUUCUCGCCGAUCAGCCUCAGUCGACUUCGGAGAUCGAAGAAAAAUUCAGGAUGGAUAUCGAUCAACUGCUGGAGGAGAACUUGGAAUUCUGGCUCAGGUUCAGCACAGCAUUACAUCAGAUCCAAAACUACGAAACCGCAGUCGAGGACCUCCAAGCUGAGACAACAAAACUCCUGGAAAAAGAAAAGAAGAAAGAAGGAAGCCGGUCAGGACCUCUGAGAUCAGAUGUAAAGCCAAUAUACAAGCAUUUGAGAGAGAUUCAAAACGAGCUCACCGUCUGGCUAGAAAAGUGCAUGACACUAAAAGACGAGCAGCAAUGCAGAUUCUCGUCGCUGUGUCAUAUCCAAGAAGAGAUCACCAAAGCACUAAAAGCGAGCGCGGAAGACGAUGACUUCAAAUUCACCAGCUACCAAGCUGCUAAGUUCCAAGGCGAGGUCCUAAACAUGAAACAAGAGAAUAACAAGGUUGCAGAUGAACUGCAGGCCGGUUUGGACCACAUAUCCGGGCUUCAAGUGGAGGUCGAGAAGACUUUGGCAAACCUAAACGAGGGAUUCGGAAUUUCGGGAUCAAGAAACAGUCAGCAAAGCAGCUACUUGAGACACUCUGUCAGCAAGACACGAGUCCCCCUGCGUUCAUUCAUUUUCGGUAUCAAAUCGAAGAAGCAAAGACCCUCACUCUUCACUGCCAUGAGCCCUGCAAUGCAUAGGAAGUACAAUGCCUUCAAAGCAGCAUAUCAGUAGCGCCAAUUUUUUUUUCCCUGUUCCUUUUUGAUUUAUCUCGUUCGUUCUGCUGGAUUACGGUGAUCAUUUUCCUGAGCAUUUAUUUUAGGCAGCUACACGUUCGUUUUUUUGUACCAUGGUUCGGAAGUUGAACAAGCGUAUCUUUUUUGUCAUCUGUAAAAUGACAGAAGCAGAUCUCUCCUCUGGAAGAAACAGAGAAGCGACUGUUCGCUGUUAGACAAGAACUAAUCACGCAAAAGAGUUUAGGAUCAGUUUAACUGCUAUCAGGUUAAGCAUUUCCACUUUCAAUAGUUCAAAUUUCUGAUCGAAGACCACAUUUCCCUUUGGUCAGCUA